AUGUGGCUCCUCCGCAGCCUGGCCUGGGCGCUGCUGGGCGCCGGGCUGAGCCCCGGGCUGAGCCCCGGGCUGGGCGCCGGGCUGAGCCCCGGGCUGAGCCCCGGGCUGGGCUCCGGGCUGGGCUCCGGGCUGGGCCCCGGGCUGAGCCCCGGGCUGAGCCCCGGGCUGGGCGCCGGGCUGAGCCCCGGGCUGAGCCCCGGGCUGGGCGCCGGGCUGAGCCCCGGGCUGGGCGCCGGGCUGAGCCCCGGGCUGAGCCCCGGGCUGGGCUCCGGGCUGGGCUCCGGGCUGGGCCCCGGGCUGAGCUCCGGGCUGGGCGCCGGGCUGAGCCCCGGGCUGAGCCCCGGGCUGAGCCCUCCGGAGCGCUCCCUGCUGCGGGCGCUGGGGCUCCGCGCCAGGCCCAGCCCCAAGCGCCCCGCGCCGGUGCCGCCCGUGCUCUGGAGGAUCUUCCACAAGAGCAGGGCGCUGCCCUGGCCCGGCGAGCCGGACUCCUGCCGGGUGGAGGAGUUCAAUGUCCCCGGGAACAUCGUCCGAGUCUUCGCCGACCAAGGCCGCUUCCUGCCCGCGGGGCAGCCCCAGGGCUGGCUGUGCCUGCGGAAGCUCCUGUUCUUCAACCUCUCGGCGCUGCAGGAGGGCGAGCGCCUGACCAUGGCCCAGCUGGAGCUGCAGUUCCAGCACAACUCCUACCAGGGCCCGAGCCCGGGGCAGGCUCUGGAGCUGCGGCUGUACGCGGUGUCGCCCCGGGGGCAGCCCCGGCGCGGCCGGCGGCCGCUGCUGGAGCGCUCGCUGCUGCAGCUGCGCAAGUCCCUGCUGUUCGACCUGAGCGCGGCGCUGCGGGCCGGGCGGCUGCCGGCGCGGGGCUUGUCCUUCGUGCUGGAGCUGUCGCUGAGCGGCCCCGCCGGGAGCCCGCGGAGCCCCUGCGGCAGCGCCGCCGCCUUCGCGGCCACCUCGCUGCUGCUGGUGACGCUGGGCCCGCAGUGCGGGGCUGCCCGCCGCAGGAGGAGCGCCCCCGGCCCCGCGCUGACCCCCAGCCCCCUGUGCAAGCCCCGCCGGCUCUACAUCAGCUUCAGCGACGUGGGCUGGGAGAACUGGAUCAUCGCCCCGCAGGGCUACCUGGCCAACUACUGCCGCGGGGACUGCCCCUUCCCGCUGGCCGCCGAGCUGAACAGCACCAACCACGCCGUGCUGCAGACCAUGGUGCACUCGCUGGACCCGCGGGGCACGCCGCAGCCCUGCUGCGUGCCCGUCAGGCUCUCCCCCAUCUCCAUCCUCUACUACGACAACAGCGACAACGUGGUGCUGCGGCACUACGAGGACAUGGUGGUGGACGAGUGCGGCUGCAGGUAGCGGGAGGGAGCGACGGACAGAGGGAACGACGGACAGAGGGAACGAUGGACAGAGGGGGGAAUAAUGGAUAAAGGGGGGAACGACGGACAGAGGGAACGACGGACAGACGGAACAAUGGAUAAAGGGGGGAAUUAUGGACAGAGGGGGGAAUUGUGGACAGAGGGGGAAUUAUGGACAAAGAGGGGAACGAUGGACAAAGGGGGGAAUGAUGGACAGAGGAGGGACCAAACGCCGCUGGGAAAGCCCCGCUGUGCCCAGGGCUGCCCUCUGGCACUAAGGGGUGCUGCUGGUUCAGGAUUAGCUGCGAGGGGGCUGUGGGGUUAUGACCAAGCCUGGCGCUGGCCCCUCCUCGGCAGGGGGUGCUGGCACCGCGCUGUGAAUCCCACGUUUCCCCCCUUGCAGCUUUUUGGGGUUUUUGGCUGAACCCUGCAGAUUUCUCAGGGCAUAAAUGACUUUUCUGGGUGGAUCGGGGCUGGGGGUUGCCUGGGGUGGGGUCCAGCUGCAGGGACAGGGCUGGAGCGAGCAAAUCCCUUGGCAGGGGAGGCAGAGGCAGGCAGGAGCUCCCUCUGUGCUGUUUGCAGGGUGUGGGUGGUGAUGGGGUGGUUUGGGGGCAGGGCUUCAGUUGGGUGCCCAAAUGCAGUGGAGGUUUUGCCUAAAAAAUUGUUUUCCCUAAAAAAUGGUGAAUUAAAAAAAAAAGGAGAUUUUAUCUAAGAAAUCCUCUGGGAGCUGCAUCCAGGGGCAGCACCCUGCAGGGAACGUGGCUGAGGGAACCCAGGCUGUGCUGGGUCAGUGGCUCUCCCCUCCCAGCCUGCUGUGAGUCAGUAUUAAUUUAUUAAUUUACCUCAUUUGCAAACAGAUGAGCCCAGGCUGUCCCCGAGUGUCCCAGGGCAGGAGCCAGCCGAGCCUGGGGCAAGGGCAGAGCUCAGAGCUCUGCACAUUUUGCUUUUCCAGGCUGUUUUGGGUGCAUUUGUUGGGUUUUGUGGCAGCGGGCAGCCCCGGGCCCUUUGUGGUGUCACUGAGGGGCAGCAGGGACCCCAAUUUGGGCCCUUUCCCAUCCCCGAGCUCUGCUCUGCCCUUCCACUGCAGGGGCUGAGCCGAGCCCAGCUGAGCUGGACCCGAGUGUGGAACCACCAGAGCCAGGCUUUGGGGAUUUUCUGGAACCACCAGAGCCAGGCUUUGGGGAUUUUGGGGACACCGAAAAGGAAUCCCAGUUAGACUUGAAUUUUUUUUCUCUUUAUUUCUGAACUGUGAAGCCGUGGUGCAGCUUUGGGUUUUUUGCUGUUUCCUCCUUGGGCUCUGAUGUUUUCUCACCUCCUCCCCCCAGGGGAAGCUCUGAGGGUUUCACCACUGGGGGUGCCUUGGGGUGGUUUUUUUUUUUUGUUUUCACACCCAAAAUGUGGAGCUGAAGACCCAGCCUGGAGCAGCUUUAGCUGGGUUCCCAUUCCCAAACCCACCCCGCCCGGCUCUGCUCCAUUUCAGUGUUCAAAGGGCUCAACUCCAGCAGGAGCCAUUUCAUUCUGAUUUUAGACGGGCAGAGGAAGAAAACCUUGAAGCAUUCCUGGGUUUGUGGCCACCCGGGGGGGAGUGACAGCCAGGACAGGACCCGGGCUCAGCCUGGCCUGAGUCUGAGCCCAGGGUGGUGCCAAGGCCAGGCCUAAACCCCCCAGAGCCAGCUCUGAGCCCCCAGCCCCGAGCCUGGCAGGGCAAAGCCAUUUCUGUGUUUCCUCCAGGCUGGGAGCUCUUCCCAAAUCCUGGCGCUGGAAGAGGGGGGGCCCUUCCCAGUAUUCCCAGUUCUCCCAGUUGAGUCGCUCACCCCUCUGCUAUGCACACCCCCACUUUUGUACUAGUCUUGUGUUUAAAAAAAGUAAUAAACUUGAAGUUUAUACAAUCAGACUAAAGCUUUAAUGAACGUUGCAUGGUUUCCUCAUUGAAACUUAAGGGCCACCUUGAAUGCAAGAGCUGUUUAUUCUUUUUUUUUAAUUGAUGACAAACAGGUUUUAAAACAAAACUGAGACAAAAAAAUUAAUUAAUUAAAAAAAAAAGAGUUUUAACACCGUGCUAGCACUGAUGUCUGGAUUUGUAAAACUCAAAGAGUUUGAACUGCUACAAAGGAAAAAACCAGCACGAAGCAGAGGCAAGCAUUCCCAGCAGUGAAAUAAAGGGUGAGGGGAGAGGAGGGGGCUACAUUACUCAUGGAAAGCUUUGCACAGAGGGGUUCAGCUUAAACCUACCCGAAAAGUCUACGCCACUACGCUGCCUACCAAGGAAAAAAAAUUAAAAAGCCCUUCGGCAAUGUUAAUAAAUAAAACAAGUCCAUCUCACGAGGAAGGAAGGUGGCCUGUGUCUCCAUUCUUUCACUGUUUUAGAAUCUAAACUCUGGAGGCUUUGGAUGAGAAAAGAAUGGGUUUUGUGAGUUGAGAUUUUUGUGGUUUUUGCAGUUUCUGCAGCUCCCCCCCGGGGCUGGGGGAGCAGGUCCCUCUGGGCUGGGGUCCCACGCCAGGGCUGCUCUGGGGCAAAUCCUGCAAAUCCAGGGCAGGGAUCUCCAGGAAGGACAGGAAUGAAAGGGUUUCCCCUCCCCGGGUACAAAACGGGGUCUGAGCUGUUUGAAGUACAUUCAGAUGAGAGGUAUUUUGAGUUUU